AUGUCGGGCAGAAGUGGAGGUGUUCCCCGGGGGUCUAGCUCCUCCAUGCAGCCGGUCAGAGCCACGGUCCCGUUCCAGCUGCAGAGACCUCUCCUGCUGCUGCAUCAUGGAAGGAACGAGGCCAGAACUGCGGACCGGACUGCGGCUCGUCCACCGAAGCCCACAAUCCGACGCACGUUGUCGCUGGACACAGUCGUGGGUCCGUAUCUACAGGGACAGUGGCCUAAAGAAGCAGAGAGCGUGGCUGUUACCUGCAUCAACGACAAAGCUACACAGCCUUCGGAAGUGGCAACUCUAGCGCCACAUGUUAGAAGAUCCAGGGUCAAUGUCAAGAAAUCGACUCCAAGUUCCUGGUCAGAAGAAACCAGAGGGAGGAGAAGUGCGAGUGGACACAAGCGAUCUGCGUCUUUGGGAAGUGCAGAGCAUUUGAGAGAGGUUGCCAAACUGAGGCACCAGUUGCAGAAGCGUUCCCGUCACGCCCCUCCAUCGCUGGGAUACGAGCUCUCUCAUCCCCCGGUGCCACCAGGACAUGUCCCGGGCGUCACACAGACCGUGCCGAUGAUUCCCCUGAACAGAAUAGCGACCCGUUUGCGUCGCAGCGUUGAAGGACUAAACCUGGAGCUGGAGGAGGUUUUUGUGUCUGAGAAACCGGACGACGAUGAAGAACAUGAGAUAUCUCAGAUUCUGGACAUCCCGGACGGCCACCGCGCCCCUGCCCCGGUGCAGAGGUGCAGCAGUGGCUCUCAGAGUGAGACGUCUGAGGGGCCUCUGGAUCCUCUGUCCCCGCCACAGUCCCCCUGUGCGUUACACCCAUCGCCCCGCCUCAUGAACCCCUGCUCCCCGCCACAGUCCCCCUGCCGCAUGGGAGAGCCAGCGUCUGUGGACUGCAGUGCCGUGUGUUCGUCUUCGUCUGCUCUCCCCUCGUUUGCGCUCAGUCCUCCUCUCCUGCAGCAGUGCUCCUCCGCUCCUCGUCCAAACAAAACCUACUCCCAUCAGAGAGAGCCUCCGGAGGGCUGCGAGCCUGAGGGACUGUGCAUGGACCCAAUGGCUUGUCAGAACAAACCACUCCUCGCCCCUUCGUGUCCAGACCUCAACAAAGUGAACUUCACCCCCCACGGAGGCUCCGCGUUCUGCCCCGUCAGCCUCCUCAAGCCCCUGCUGCCCUCCAUGGACCUCCUCUUCAGGGGGCUGUCUGUGUCUCCUGUCACUGGACGUCCCGGACCGGCCUCCCCCACACGGCACCUGGGCAUGCAGUGA